CUUCUUGUUUUCAGACUGGUUCAGUUGUGUGGUUUGGUAGGAGCUGACUGAAGUGAUUCAGUCUGCUGCCUCACUGACCUACAACUGUGGCUGUAGCCAUGAGGUUUCUCUUCAGCUUACAGUACUGGAUCUGCUGGAAAGCAUGGAGAUGGCCUACUGAAGUGCCAGUUGGAGGCUAUCGACUAGACUCAAAUGGCUUUAACACUGGAGACGGAUCUUCAUGGAGCACUUAAGGUUGGUGAUGGUUCAACCUAAAAUGCAAAUAAGUUAUCCUCAACAGCCACAGGUAGCAGAGUCUGAGUAUCAGCAGCCACAGACACCCCAGCAGCCCAGUUACCCGCCCCAGGUACUUCAGCAGCCACAUAUGCCCCAGGUGCCUAGCUACCCACCCAAGCAGCUUCAGCAGCAGCCACAGGUAGCAGAGUCUGGAUAUCAACUCCAGCAGCCGCAGAUGCCCCAGCAACUGCCUAGCCACGCGCCUCAGCAGCAGAUGCCCCAGGUGCCUGGCUACAUGUCCAAGCAGCCUCAGCAGCGGCCGCAGAUGCCCCAGGUGCCUGGCUAUCCACCCAAGCAGGAGCCGCAGAUGCCCCAGGUGCCUAGCUACCCGCCCAAGCAGCCUCAGCGGCGACCGCAGGUGCCUAGCUACCAACCCAAGUGGUCCCAACAGCCCCUCUACCUUCCCAAGCAGCCACGCUACAGUAGUUACCCAACUUUUGCCCAAGGAGUCUCUCCUCAAAUGGAUUUAAGUGGUGUUUCAGGCACUGCAACAAUGGGGGUUCUUUGAAGACUGCUUUUAACUGAGCCUUAUUGACCAGUCAAAUUACAAUAAAAUAACUUUAUCCUUGG